AUGUCCGUCGAACCUGUUCAAAAUCAAAACUGCCCUGACGCGGAACGAAUGACGCCAGAGUUGGCGAAGGAGGUGUUUUAUCUUUUUGGAAACAAUGUAUGAUGAAACAUGUUCAGUUUCUCAAAAAGUUCAAGCUGCUGGAAGAAGAAGUUCCGGGCGACUUCUACGUCUUGCUCGCCUGCAUCGAUAAACGUCUGAAAGACCGUAUUCUGCAAGACGAAUGGCUGGAGUCCACGCAUCUCGUCCUGCUCAUGCUGCUCAAGGUUAGAAACAAAUUAUGGUAUUAUGAGUUCUCAAAACAGAAAAAAUAAAAAAAGUUAUCAAAAAAGGGGAUUCGCAAUCUGCAGAAACAUUUUUCCGCAUGCAUUCCGCGUUUUGUCAAGGUUUCCGCAGGAAGUUAAGCGAGAAAAAAACGUAUAUUUUGCAUUCUAAUAUUGAAGAGAAAUUUAGAGUAUCAACUCUGCUAAAAUGAUCUCUAUCUUGAAAAAAACUUUCUUUUUUUAAAUUAAGACAAGAAAAAUUUUUUUCAGCUCAAAGCUAGCGGCAAGCGGGUGACUCUCAUCCACCCGGAGUGCUUUGAUUUCGUCAGGAAAAAUCAAGAUCUCAAAGAUUUUGAUUUGCGAAGACUGUGCUUCCUCAAAAGAGAGCCGCCUUACGGAAAAAUUGUGAUUCCCAUGAUCACGGGCACCCACUGGCAGGUCGCCGUCGCGUGCGUCGAGACUCCUCGAAUCGUCUUCUAUGACUCUGUCGGAGAGGUCUCGAUGGUGCAGGCUGACGUCUGUGCUCGGAUUCUCGCUUACUUCUUCGACUCUCAAAACAUGUCAGUUCCGUUUGGUAAUCAGUAUAAUCGACCAAAAAAACAAUUUACUCCAUUUUUUUAUUAGAAAAAAACGGUUUGAGAAGGUUUGUGAACUUUCAAAAAAAUUGUAUAAGCAUUCGUUCAAAAAAUCUAAAUUCAUUCUGAACUAUUCUAUUCGAGUUUGAACAAAAAUAUGUUCUGAGCAGCAGAGUUAAAAAUUCAACCCUAAAUGGUCAAUUUUCGAAAAAAAAAAAUUUGGCUGAUUUUUUGGACUACCUUUUCACAAAAAAUCAAACCCUGCGGUAUCUCAGAAUCAAAAAAGGCUUUCAGAAGGGGAGGGGAAGGUUUACAAAAACCAAUCCCUGAAUUUGCGUGGAAUAUUUUAGGACUUUCAAAUUUACUGGAUAGAGGUGGUAUUCUUUCUUCUUUUUUUUUUGUUUCUGACAAAAUGAAUCAAAGAUUUGCUCAAUUUUGCAAAAAAAGUUCCAUUAUCAACCAUUCGCUUAUUUAUAAAAAAAUGAAAUAAAAACUACUCUCACUGACGUUUUAAGUUUAUUUUCCAUCUUUCAGACCGAGAGUUCGUUUCAAUAUUGAGUACGCGGAUGGCAAGAAGCGGAUCAAGCAAGACGACACAAAAAACUGUGGCUUGUUCUGCAUCUACUACGCGGAAGGUGCCAUGAAAUCCUGGGACGUUCGAAAAGCGAUCAAUGGCAAAAACUGCGCGAGGAAGAGAUCCGAAUGCGCCUUUUUCUUCGAUCAUUUUCUGGAGACCAAGGCGUGUCUUCUGGAUGGACGUGAUCCGGGUCCGCCGGCCAUUCCGGUCGUGAGUUCUACUUACUUUUCUUCUAUUCUCAACUGCUACCCAUUUUGUCAUUGCCAAUUUAGACUUUAAUUUUGACUAAAAAUAUAUUUUCGUUUUCAGUCAAGAUAUGAAAAAUUAUUUUCCGAGGAAAAAAAUGCUAGUGGUUUUCCGAAAGUAAGAAAAAUGCUCUGCUGAACAUAAUUUUUUUCUUUUAAUAAUAUUUCUUGCUUUCACAUCUGUAAUUUUGUCAACGUCAAACUUGUUAUUUUCAUAAAAGCUGUAUAUUUUACAGUACAAUCACCGACAUGAUAAGCAGAAAAUUGUACCUGAGAAAUCUACGAGCCCGAGUCAGGUCGGUUGAAGUUUUUCAUUGAAAAAAAAUAUCUUUUUUUUUCAUGAAGAUAAAAUUAACCGAUAAUAUUUGAAAAAAUUUUAAUUGUUAACUAUCUUCGAUGCAUCGGUUGAAAUUUAAGAUCCGAAGAAUAUCUCAGAGUUUCGUCUUAGUAUAAAUAUUUCACGGUAAUUUCAUUUCCCUUUAUAUUCAAACUGUUCAGGGACAUGCGGUCAUCAUCGACCAACAGGUCAUUCCCAGUGCUCCUCGAGCUUUCGAAACUUUCUCUCUUUCAAGCACUCGGUUCGGCCGCAUGAUCGGUACGUUGAACAAUUUCUCCUUAGUUCCUGCACUCUUAGCCUCAAUCAACUCUAAAAUUUAAUAAAACGAAUAAUUUCCAGGCAACGCGUUCACCGCAGUUUCGGACGCCGCUCAGAGAUGUUAGUUUAAAUUCUCUUUUUUCAUCAAAAAUUCGUUUUCAAGUGAUCGGCCGCGCUCCUGCUGCUAUUGCUGCUCCUCCUCCUCCUGCUCCUUCCGCUGGAGAAAUUGUCGAAACUAAAAACCUCUAA